ACAUGGCUAAGUUGCAUGGUGGUAAAAGUCCAAUGGGCAUUCUUACAGAUCAAGAUGCGGCAAUGCGGAAGGCAUUGCUUACAUCUAUGCCCGAAGCUCGACAUCGAUGGUGUUUGUGGCACAUAACUGAAAAGUUUUGCUCAAAGCUAGGCAUGUUUGAGAAAUAUCAAGAUAUUAAGGAUGAUCUUCUUUAUGCCAUAUAUGAUAGCUUAGAUCCUUCUGAAUUUGAGGAGAAUUGGAACAAUGUAAUUGCAAAGUAUGAUCUUGUUGACAAUGGUUGGCUUGGAGGUUUAUAUCGGGAAAGAGAAAUGUGGGUUCCUGCAUACAUGAGACACAUGUUUUGGGCGGGAAUGAAGACUACACAAAGAGUAGAGAGUAUAAACAGCUUCUUUGACGGGUAUGUGAACAAACACACUCGGUUGUAUGAGUUUGCGGAGAGGUAUUGUGAAGCAAUGGAGGUUCGCGCAAAUGACGACUUCUUCCCUGAAACCAUCAAACCAUCAAAUACACAUCAAUGUUACUAUAAAUACCUGUGUACUACUUGAUAAAAUAGAGAAACU